GUUCGUCGCCGAGUUAACAUGGGUUCGCAGUUGCAUUCGUCGGUCUGUUUGUAAACAGUGUUAGUUCAUAGUGGUGAAGUAAAGUUUAGUGAAGUUGUUGUUGACAUCUCAGUGUGGUAAAGAUGGAUCGGAAUAAACCAUCGCAGAACAGAGGGUCAAAGGGGAAGAUUGCACAGCAACCCCCGGACAUGUUCAUCGCUUUGGGGGCGAAGCCCUCGGCCAGCAGAGAUGCGGACAGCAAGAGGAACGUCGUCCCGAUCUUACCCAAAUCAUCGUCGUCCAGCUCUCACAUGUCUUCGAGCUCCAGCAAAGUUAUCCCGGAACGAAAGAGAGAGGCAAGUUCAAGCAGUAUUAUACCGAGCAGCAAAAAGUUGAAAGUGAUGUCGUCAAGUUUGAGACCGCAAUCAGUGCAGAGCUCAUCAUCGAUGCCGUUGGAGAGGAGCUUGUCUGCAAGCGGUGGCACUGCACUGGAGCAUUGGGAGACUAUGGUGAUCGAUUGUGAGCCGGCUGAAUUGUUGACUAGUAUACUGGAGGCAAUCAAAAACAAUAACACUGAUCGUGCUGUGGGGUUAGUUCUUUCUGCGAUCAGAGUGCUGAGAUCGCAGCGGUUCAAACCGUGCAAAAUGACGUACUACAGUUUGAUCUUUCUGUGCCAAAUGAAACCGAGUUUGUUUGUGAACGAGCACAUCGUCGCGGCGCUCAUGUCGUCGUUCAGGAGGGAAGUGGGCGCAUCCGUUGGGGGCGUGGUAGGUGGUGGAGUGGGCGGUGUCGUUGGCGGUGGUGGUGGUGGAAGCGUAUCCGGGGUGACUGCCAGCGGUGGAGGAGUCGUCGUUAAGAAUUCCAAUAAGACGAACAUGUACAGUCAGGUUAUAUACAUAAACCUGUUGAUCUAUUCGUUCGGCGAGGUCAGCAAUUGGCCGGAGGUGUUUUUAAAGUUUUACGUGGAGGAUGCUGUAUCUGAACGUAUUUGGAUCGACAAUCCCUAUUGCAAACCGUUUGUAGACAACAUCGUGACAGCUUUCAAUACUAAGCUACCUCCUAGAUCUCUCUUGAAUACCACCGAAUCGUGGGUUCCGGCGCCCGGACGCGACACUGGAAGUCCUUUGACGAUUAACGCAAACGACGAUGACGAAGCUGCGAACGAGCAUCGAAUGAUCGUGGAGAAUUGGAACGUGCGCACGUAUCCACGAUACACGCAGACACAAGAGAUGGUGGAAAAGAUCGUGCUGGAGGCUAUCCAGGAGCAGUUGGCGCGUCGUCAGCAACCGGAGACGAUAUCGAAGAACUUCGUUCGCUUCUUGAGUACAGCGUGUGGCCUGGUCGAGAUCCGGAUCAUAGCGGUUGCGCGCAUCGAGACCUGGCUGCACAAUCACAAGCUGAUGAAGGCGGCGCAAGAACUUCUCGCACAUUUAUGCUACAACUGCUCGGCAAACACGCAACGCGAUUUGGAGGUCGUCGUGCAGUUGACCAAGCUGCGUCUGAAGAACAAGCAGAUGAUCAACUUCUUCAACAACUGCCUGAAGGAGAUGGUGCUGUCGUUCCCCGACAAUCUGUUUCCGCUCCUCAAGUACACCAUCUACAACGAACUGUCGAACGCGAGGAACACCAACAAUCUGUUCGUCGUCGGUGCGAUGUUUCAGGUGUCGCCGGAGGCGAGCGCCGAUGCUUUCGCGUCCAUCUGCUUCGAGUUGCUGCUCAGUAAAGAAGAUUACCUGAGAUCACUGCGGGGAUUGCUGAAGGAGAUUAACCGAGUGCUGCGCAACGAUUUCAACUUGCUGAGCGUCGUGCACUCGCUGCUGAGGGAGCGCAAGGAUACGAUUGCAAGCAUAAGGGAAUCCGAAUUGAAGGAUAGGAUCUUCCUCUCUCUGGCGGAUCUAGUGUGCAUGUGCAUGCUGCUGUGCGUCACGCCGCAGGUGAGAGACGCCUCGAUGCAGAGCAAAAGGGAUGUUGCGGUGCUGCAGAGCUUCCAAGCCCAAGUGAGCAACAUUCAGAGGGAGGCGGUCACUUGGCUGCACGAUUGGCCAUCGAGGACGUUCCGAUCACCCGAUUUCCAGCACGUUCUGCUGAAGGUGUUGUUCUUGGAGCAGCCGGAGCAGUACGUGAAAGUGGAUUCGUGGCCCGGGGAGAACGAGCGUAUCCUGUUCUUGAGGUUGGUCAGUGAGGUGCCGCUGCUGCAGGCGACGCUCGUCAGGUUGCUUCUGAUCGGCUUGUCCAAAGAUAAUAACGUCAGUCCCAACGACACCAUCGAAAUCGUCGAUCAGCUGGUGAAGCGCGCCGCGAACUUGGCGCCCGAUCUGCUGCCGCCGCUGCAGAUGGACAAGCUGGAAAUCAUCGAUUUCUUUUUCAACUUGUGCAGCUACAAUUACCCAGAGAACAUCUGCCUGCCCGUCGGUUACACGGCGCCGAAACUGGCGAUCUCCGCUCACUACUGGAGGUCCUGGCUGAUCCUCCUCAUCUUGGCCGCUCACAAUCCGGAGAGUUUCGGCCGUUCCGCCUGGGAAAAGUAUCCGACGCUGCGGAUGUUCAUGGAGAUGUGCAUCACCAAUCACUUCUCGUAUCCACCGCCGACGAUAGUCCUCGGCGACGACGAAUUCGCGCUGAAGGAACAGCAAACGUUGGCGCUGGAGAAGCAAACCAUUCUCGUGUUUGAAUCCCAUUUGGCAGCGGCGAGCACGAAGAUUGAAAUCAACGAGCAAACCAGUCUGCUGCUUCCGCAACUGGUCGAGCUGAGACCGUUGGAGGAGGCGAGGAGACCACCGAAACCCAUCUUGGAUCAAUUGCAAGCUCUGAACAGCAGUCAUCGAAUGGGACAUUUGCUGUGCCGUUCCAGACAUCCCGAUUUCCUUCUGGACAUCAUGUCUCGCCAGGGAAGCACCACCUGUCACAUGCCGUGGCUGGCGGAGCUGGUGCACAGUUCGGAGGGUGCACUCGCACAUCUCCCUGUCCAAUGUUUGUGCGAGUAUCUGCUUUCCACCGGACCCACGGAGAAGCUCGUCAAGCAUACGCAACUUCUCACGCAUCUGCGCACCGUCGUCAACGGUUCCGAACCGCAGAUGGCGUGCGAAGUCCUCGAGUAUCUUCUGCGUAGAUUGACAUCGCUGCAGGCGUCGAAUCGGGCUCCUGCUAUCAAAGGUUUGACGCUCGUCUUGGCGCCAGAGGAGAGCGACGUUCUGCACCACGUCAACCAUCUGAACGACAACACCUUGUGGCUGACCCAUUACAUCCAUCAGUUCCCGCAUCUGCAGACGGUCAGGCAACUUAUAGUUCAAUUUCUUCGACAGGCCAUCCUCAUAGAGACGAACCCGGUGCACGUUGCCAAUUACAUCGGGUUCCUAUCGACGCACGGACUCGAGGAUUCCGUUAACGAACUGCUCGAACUGAUCUUCGAUCUGGCCUCGUUAAUAGUCGAACGCAACAGCAUCACCAGCUACAUUCUGCCUGGCAGAGAUCGUGACGAGGAGAUGAGCACUCUUAAAGCGCUCCUCUCCAUCUUCUGGGUGUACUUCCAGAAGGCCCGCGAACCGAACGGUGGUGAUUCCUUCCCGUGGUCCGAGUCGCAGGAUCAGGUCGUCGUGAGAUGGCCGGACGGCGACAAGUGCACCCUGCAGAUCCUCAUCGUACACGCGUCCAUCAUCCUGUUGAGUUACGGCCCCGUCGAAAAUUUCGAACCGUUCGAUUGCGUCCUCGACAUGUGGUUUCCCAUCUCCGAAGAACGUCAACCUAAAGCGUACUUGGUGGACACCUCCGAGGAGGCGCUCCUCGUACCGGAUUGGCUCAAGCUGCGAAUGAUACGUUCGAACGUUCCGAGACUGCUGGACGCAGCCGUCGAUAAACUGGAGGCGUCGCAGUUGGUGCUCUUCAUUCAGUCUUUCGGCAUCCCCGUCGUCUCGAUCAGCAAACUGCUGCAGGUGUUGGACACGGUCACCGUCACCGAUCCCAAACUGGUCGUCGACUCUGUGCUCGACAAGAACUACAUGAUUCAGCUGGUCGACGUGCAGAAUAGACGCGGAGCGAUCGGCGGUAACGUCUUCGUCAAAGCUUUGGAGAUGCAAAUUCCGCCCGUCCAAGACGACGAUUCGCACUUUGAGCUGGAGCAACGCAGAUCGUUAAAGUCCGCUCUGAACAAAGCGACCGGCACCGAAUUCAAUCACGCCGAACUCGUCGACUACUUGAACAAAAUCUUGGACGUUAAUUACGCGACUCCGGUGUCCAAAGAGAUCGGUUACAUAUGCAAGCAAAUGACGACAAACGCGAGCGUCCCCAAGCUCGUGAUCGACUUCAUUUGUAACCAUCAUAUCGGAGUGGUCGUCAAUUUCUUGCUGCAGAAAACCAAUUACGCAUCGAUGCUCUUCCGUUUGGUCUUCACCAAGAGGAAUCUGUCCAGAGCUGCUGUGCAGUUGGCCGAACGAAUUCUCUCCGCACUUCCAUCGGAUCGUCGCCAUCCGCUCAUCGAGCCCGUCCUCAAGCAGUACCUGAAGUUGGCCAGAAACGAAUCGAAAAUGGACGUGGAUGCGGCGACGGCAGCGGUCAGCACCAGCGCACCUUUGGAUCCUCUGCAGGUGUUGACCACCUGCAAGAUGAUCACGGCGAAGAGAUCCGAUCAGGUGCUGGCAGCCAGGAGGAUGGAGAAUCUCGGGGAAAGACUCGGAAGGAUGUUGAUGGACCCGAAUGCGGACGCUGAGAAGACGGGACUGGUCGUCGAUUGGUUGGCUGCCGUUGAGCUCGAGAUUGCGAAUUCGCCGAGCAAAAAGAUACAGAUGGAGCUUCUGUUUUCGAGGAGACAGCUACCCUUUAGACCUCUGCUGAUUUCCAUCGUGCUGCAGAGGGCGAGUUGGAAGACGCUGAAUACGAUCGUCGAUUAUCUGCUGCGACAGGAGAGAAUACACGAUCAUUGCGCGACAUCGGUUCUCGACUUUCUCACCGCGUUGACGCAGAGCCCCAGGCUGUGGCAGGGUCGCGACAAGGCCAUACCGAAACACCACAAACCAGAGGACGUGCUGCAUUUCGAUGUGGAGAAGGUGUUGAUCUUGGUGGAUUACAUCUUGGAGGAGACGAAGAAGAAGGAGGAGGAGCAGGAGCAGGAAGAGAGCAGGGACGUGGUGAUGGAGAAACGGUUGGGAUUGAUCGUCAAGAACGUGCCCAGUUGCAGCGAGCAAUUGGUCUCGAAGCUGGUGGAGACCGCAACCGUCUCCGCCAACGCCACCGAAACUGAUUCCAGCAAUGCUCAGGAACUUCUGGUGAUGAUAUACAUGAACUGUCCGAGCAUCGGAAAGCACCUGAACGCCCGCCAACUCGAACAGUUCUCGUUCGCGCAGCAUUCGCACAGCACGAUGGACGUCAUCUCGCACACGAUUUUGAGCGCCCUGACGGCGACCACCAGGUUGAAGGAUUGGCUGAGGAGAAGCCAUCCGCUCGAGCUGGCCGCGCGAAAGUUGGCCGCAACUCAUCCGGACCUGGUGCUGAGACAGUUGCCGAUGCUGGCAGGAAGUCUGCGAGGUCGCAGCUUGUACGAUUGGAACGUCAUGAGGAAUCGCGGACAUCUGGUCCUCUUCAAUCAGGUGCUCGGUCUGCUCGAACUGCUGCAGCCGAUGGUCUUCCGCGAAUCGAAAACCCUCUGCUCCAUCAUGGACUCGUACUUUACGCUCUUCCGUUUCCACGGACAUGCCAAAGACAUGGAACCGAUCGUCUCACGUAUCGUCGGAUUCCUGCAGAACUGGAUGGUCAACGACGUGCAUACGUCUCUGCGUUAUCUCCAGCAGCACGGUGGAACCCUAAACGAUCUCGAAUUGAGUCACCCGGUCGUCGCGCCUCUUCUGUCGAGCGUUUCCAUGCCGACGCAAGACUUCCAGUCCGGCGUAUCGUCGGACCUGUUCGUCGGGGCGCCCGCACCUCCAACCAAGAUCCCGCUUCCACCCAAUUGGAAUUCGCUCGUCGUGUCUCUUCAAUCAACCGAUCCUUUAAACGCUCUCCAGGAGAUCGACCAUCUCACAUCGAAAAGACCUCAGCUGCUCGAGGACAUAGCUCAACAUCUCUUCAGCGCCAUAACGACGCGAAACGAGCAAGUGCGCACCCUCGUGACGGCGCUCAUUCUCAAGCUGCUCAAGCAGAACCCCAAGUUCAGUGCGAAGGCUUUGCCGGCGAUUCUUUCGGCGCUCAACAGUCGCGACGCGGACGUCGUCAAAGGAGUCAUCGAUAAGUUGCCCAGUCUCAUUAUGGUGAUGCAGGAACACGCCAAACCCAUCCUCACCAGGAUCUACCAACUAGGAGUCAGCUCCAACAUGAACGCGUGCUCUAACAUUAGCAAAUGCAUCGCGAUGCUCACCCUCCAAUCUGGAUGUUAAACUAAACUUUUCAUCAUUUCAGUUUUGUUUGUA